ACAAAGCCUGAGUGCAGCUCUGGGCACUGCUGUUUCCACUAAAGCUGAAUCCCCAACCAAAGAAGGUGCUUCUACGUCAACACCAGAAAUCAGAAUAGAAGAGGAAGAGCUGUAGCUGCAGCAGUGUGUUUGCCAAGGCACUCUAUACCUCGGGGAAAUUUGACAAGGUCAUAUUUCUAAAUCUUAAUAACUUGCUUAUUGGAAUGACCAAGCGACGCAUCAAGAGCGAACCGAAUUUUGCCGCAACCACGAAAUCAGCCUUUGACGACUACGCUUUACGGGAAUGGACCAUGAUGUACGAGCGAAUUUGCUGGAUGUGAUUGAAGCCAAGUAUAUUUUUUUUAUCCUUUCACUGGAUUUGGUAAAAAGGAGAGCCGGAAUAAAUGUGGACGGAAACAAUGGGGGCACCUGGGGGCCUUGGGACGCCGUUUUCGAUUUUCACAGCGGCAUCUGGAGAGCGCUUCUAACAGGCUGCCAGUUGGAGCUGGGCUGUGUGGCAGGUUGCAUUCCCUUACCUAUAGACAAUAGCGAUGACCUACGAGCGGCGUUGCUCAUCCACCGCUUUUCGAUGUGCAUCAGGAAUCAAGUUUUUGUUGACCUAAAGAUGCUUCUAUAUCGAUUAGCCCAUCCUUUUUUUAUAUAUGCAGAUGCAGAAUCCCAUGAAAGGGGCAGGAAGCGUAUUUUCUCCAUACGACUUUGUUAUCUGCCUUUAUCUUUGACAUGGUUUUGGGGGGUUGGCUGUUGGAUACAUGGGGUUUGAUAUCACAUCAUCUCAAUGUGACGCUCUGCGCGAAGGAUUCGAUCGUUUACGCAACGCGGGGUACUUUUGCCAGGUACUUUUGCCAGGGGCUACUCCAAAUCUAUAGAUACCUUAGGUUAUAUAUAC